AGGAAGUGAAGGCGACUCAAUUGGGUAUAAAACAUCAACCACAUCUGCCUCUAGCAUUGCAAACAGAUAAAACAUCAGUUCAGAACUCCGGUAGACGUUUGUUUUAUUCUCCCAAGGAAUGUGCCCAGUUUAAAAGUAUAAAGAGUUACAAAAUUUCAAUUCAUUUGAAUGACACUGUAUUAACAUUAUACUGGAUUUAAAAAAUAUUGGCAGAGCUGCUGGCGCACCUGUUACCUUUUCAGUCUAAGAUUAUGAUUCCACCGGGGGACUGCAUGUAUGCUGGCCGGAAAAGACGGAAGCCCGUUCAGAAACACAGGAAACCGACAGCAGUGAGUGAGAAGUCCAACCCGUCGAAGCGGCACCGGGAUCGGCUGAACGCGGAGCUGGACCGUCUGGCCAGCCUCCUGCCCUUCGCCCCAGACAUCAUCUCCAAGCUGGACAAGCUGUCCGUGCUGCGGCUGAGCGUCAGCUACCUCAGGGUCAAGAGCUUCUUCCACGCCAUUCAUGAGAAACCAUCCAGAAAGCACAGCUGCCCGCCCUCCAAUCACGAUGCCAGGAAGGACAGCCAGCCAGCGGGGAUGGGCAUCACGGAGAGUGACCUCUUACUGGAGUCCCUGACUGGUUUUGCACUGGUGGUGAGCACUGAUGGGAUGGUAUUUUAUGCCUCAUCUACCAUUGUUGACUACUUGGGCUUCCAUCAGACUGACGUGAUGCACCAGAAUGUCUUUGAUUAUAUCCAUGUGGACGACCGGCAGGAGUUCCGAAGACAGCUCCACUGGGCCAUGAACCCGGCACAGCAGGUGGCCAACCCGGACCACCAUUUAGCGGCAGGAACUGGUGAGGACUUUGUGGUCAGCAGCCUCUUCAGCUCUCAGGAGGCAGGCAGCAUUCCUCCAGAGUUCUCCUCCUUCCUGAACCGCUGCUUCAUCUCCCGGGUGCGCUGCCUGCUGGACAGCACCUCCGGAUUCCUGACCAUGCAGUUCCAGGGCAGGCUGAAAUUCCUCCAAGGCCAGAAGAAGAAGACCCCAUCGGGCACAUGCUUGCCCCCUCAGCUGGCACUCUUCUGUGUGGCAGUGCCCCUCCUGCUGCCCUCCAUCACCGAGAUGAAGAUGAAGAGCAUGAUGAUGAGGAGCAAGCACAAGGGCGGGGUCAUUACUGCACUGGAGCAUGGUGAGAGAGAGGACCAUCUGAAGAGGCAAGCCAGCACCGGGGGCAUGGAGGACAACGGAGACCUCCUGCUAUACAACAGCCCUGGUAGCUCAGGCGGACAGCCUCGCCACCACACACCCUGGACCCCCUUCUCCAAGGAAGGCAUGAAGUACAAGGUGGAGGGGUACUACCCGCAAGAGGAACCGCUCAACUUCUGCAAGUCCUCCAUGGGUGGGCACAAGGCGCACAGCCUGGAGAACCCAUGGACGAUGCGAGCCACUGUGGGCGCAAUAAGAGUGGGGCAAAACGUCAACCUGGUGCCCAAUAGGCUGGGCAGGUCCAGCCACUACGGGAAGGCAGGAGCAUACAGGAUGUCUCCCGCCUGCCAUGGCAGCAGGAACGAGGCCUACCUACCCAAGCUGUAUGGCAACAUGCAGAACCCGGAGAUGGAGAGCUACUGCAUGGAUGCCAUUAAGAGUGAGAACGGGUACAUGGGCCCAGGCGAAUGCUAUGACGGGCGCAUGCUCCCUGAACUGCCCAUCAAGGUGGAGCAGGACUCCGACUCGGAGAACGGGUGCGACGUGUAUGGCAUCCCUCACAGCCGAGCCUGGAUGUGCAAGGAGCACGUUGAGAAACGGUACGGGAUGGGCUACGACGGCCUUCAGAUGAAGGCCGAGGCAGACUACUAUGAGCAGUACUCCCCCUGCCAGAAAAACAAGGCCAACCUCAGUCCCACUUUCAACGGCCACUACCAAAACCUGUGCACUGGGGGCAGCCGGCCUCUAAAAUGUGUUCUAAACAAAGACAUGACCCAAUUCAGUCCACAGCGGCUGUCCCACUCUGACAACCUUAGUACAAACUGUAUGAACAGCCACAUGUACACCAACAGCUCCAUGGAACAUAAGGGCUACAUGCAGCAGGAUUACAAGUUGAGCUAUGAAUUCAGAGGUCACAGUCUAGUGCAUUCCAUUAAGCGUGAACCCAUGGACUCACCACCGUGGGCUGACAGCAGCCAUAGAAUCAGCCAGACUCCCGUCCAGCAAAAUAUCAUGCCCAACUGUGUGAUGAACACAGGAGUAGUGCACAAGGCUAACCCCUACAUCUAUAUGCAAUAACUGUGAAUUCUCAUGAACCUCUUUCCCAUUUAUCAUCACAUACAAAAGCCCAGGAGAGAAGUCUCAUGCUCAAGGCUCAGGUUUAAGAACAGUGUUAUAGUUACGUGACUGAAUAAGACUGAAGGUCCACCCUCUGAGAUUGUUUUUGAAACAGUAGGCGAAAAUGCAAAAUGUAUAGUUUAUUAUAAGCACUUUUAACAUUGAUAGUGAUAAUACAUAUUUUGAGAUUCACAUGCAAUGUUCGUGUUUCUGUGUCGUGGACAUCUUACCUUAUGUGGGUUGGUGGAUAUUGAAGGCAUACUGUGUAAAGGAAAUGUGUGGGGAAGAGGGUGAAAUUUUGCUUUUGUAAAUGCAAAGGGUCAGACUGUUGUUAUUCAGACACAGGGAGAAAGAAAGAAAAAGAGCUUAGAAAAAAACGCACAAAGAUAUUAAUGUUAUACUGUUUAUUGUAUUUACAAGUAGUCUUUGACCUAAAAAUAUGACAUUGUUAAACAUAGUUUAGUGAGAAUGUGUACAACAAACUGGUUUUUAUCUGAUUUUUUUUUUGCAGUAAGAUUUGUUUUUUAUUUCCUCCCAGGGGAGAAAGAAACUCAAUGAAACUGAAGGGUCAAUAUAUGGUACUGCAUUUGUUUUUUAUAUUUUGAAAACAUUUUUGAUUUUUUAUCUUUCUAUAAAUUCUACCUGCACUACCAUUUACCUUUGGGCAAUUGUUUAUUAAUAACUAUUUGAUUGAUUUUCUUGUUCAAAAUUCCCCUCUUUUUGUCCAACUGAAAAUGUAAUAGCAGAAGUUUUUAAUGUCUUUAAAUGUGUAUGAUACAUAACCUUUCAAGAUGAUUCAAGGAACCACACAAAUAGUGGACAUUUUCAUUAUGCACUCAAGUGAAUAGAUUAAAAAUGGAUUCUACAAGAUGAUUACCUUCUCAUGUUCACUCAUUACAAAUAGAAGAAAGACCAUCCCAGGCAUCCCAUUGACUUUAUCUUUUAUGUGUAUUGAUAAAUUAGUCAUCCAGUGAGAUUUUCCAGGGCCUGUUGAAACUUGUACUCAGUAAUCAGCUAUAUAUAGCAGCAUUGUGACUUUGUACCAUGGUAAAGCAAUAUAAGAAUCAGCAGUUUGAUUGCUGAAAUGCAAUUCAUCCUAAAGCUGUGAAGACUAGAGUAAGUGUACAUUCAGCUUAAAAGAAGCUUCACACUUGGGUCAGGCAGCUUAAAUUAAAUGAAUGAAUAAAUAAAGAAGCAAAUUAUUUCUGCAGACACACUUUUGAAUUGUAUAGAUUAGAUUAAUUGGUUUUAUGCAGAGUUCUUUAAAUGACUCUUUAAAUCAAUCAGGGGCCUCCUGUUGGUGCUUGACUGGGACCCAGAAGGUCGGUGGUUCAAGCCCCAGUGUAGCCAUGAUACGAUCCACACAGCUGUUGGGCCUUUGAGCAAGGCCCUUAAUCCCACAUUGCUCCAGGGGGAUUAUUCCCUGCUGAGUCUAAUGGACUGUAGGUUGUGUUGGAUAAAAGCAUCAGGUAAAUAACAAAUUAAUGGUGAAAUUGAAAGGAAGAAUUCCAAAAUGAUUUGAAUAAAGUGCUGUCAGCUGAGUCAAUGAUUUAAAAAAUCAUUCAGAAAGAAAAUGUCCAUGAUGCUUUCUGUCUUUUUCAGCAUCCAACUUUAAAUUAUGAAACAUGUUAUUAAAUAACAAUUUUAAAAUAAAAAGAGUGUUUUAAACUGGACGGUUUAACAUAUUUAUUUAAGCAUUAAGCAUUAAUUCCACAUUAAUUCCACUACAUGUAGUACAGUAUUUCUUAGGAUGCAUUCAUCUCCUUUAUGCCUCCAAGAGCUUUAUUUACAGUCUCCAUGUUUGGUAUAUUUUUGCAGCAUAUUUUUGAAAUGCAGCCAAUCCAAAAUAUUUAAAAAAAAAAAAAAAAGUUUUUUGGCACAAAAUAAUUUAAAUCAAUUUUGUCUCCUUUUUCAGGCAUAAUAUUGUCUGAUUUGAGUCCAGAAGAUUGAUUCUUGAAGAGUGUGCUUGCAAGUCAACUUUACAUUUCAAAAUAAAAUAAAAAUACUACUGUGUGUUAUACAGCCAUUUAGUUUUUUAAACUUGCACUAUGGGACUGGAUUAUGAAUCUUACUGCUACCUAGACAUAAUGUCAUUUUGACAUGUACAAUUGUAAAUUGCUUCACCUUUUCAGUUGCUGUUUUGUUUGUGUUUUUCAAAAAACAAUAGUGUCCACUGUUUUGUAUUUAUUGUGUAAGUGAGAGCUUUGCGCUGUUUCUUUCUUUUUGGAAAUGCAUUAACUAGCAAAUACACACAAGCUCUUUGGCUAACUUUGUAGCUGCAAAGCAGCAAUUAUGUAUUGCAGCAUUUUCUCAAUUUUUUUCUGUGUUUUUCAAAAAUACAUCAAUAAAACCUUCAUGAAUGGUU